AUAAUAACUAAACCAGGAAGAAGACGUGAAGGAGUGUUUACUGUUUAGACGCUGGUGAGGAACCUCCGCGAUUGUCUGACGGAAUUUAGCCUGAGUGGAUUUGGCGUAGCGCGUCUGUGAAGGAAUGUGGAUUUAACUUCAAUCAACCAUCACAUCCAACUCUCAUGUCAAGUGACAUAUUUCAGGAUUUUCCCGGCAAUAAUGCAUGUUAUUCUGGACACGAAUAAUUUUAUAUUUCAUGAUGCAAUCGUGAACGUGUGUCCUUCUAUAACCAGUGGUGAAGGGUUAGCAUCAUCAUCAUCAUCAUCAUGGCACCUCAUCCAGUGGUCCAGGCCAUCAUAGACCUCUCAGCUGGAGCGAUAGGUGGGACAGCCUGUGUGUUCAGUGGCCAGCCGUUUGACACAGCCAAGGUGAAGAUGCAGACCUUCCCUUCCAUGUACCGAGGCUUCCUCCACUGCUUCAUGGCCACCUACAGACAGAUGGGUCUGAGAGGGCUGUACCAGGGAGCCACCCCAGCCCUCAUAGCCAACAUCGCAGAGAACGCUGUCCUUUUCAUGAGCUAUGGUUUCUGUCAGGACGUGUUGCGGCGAAUCACUGGGAUGGACCGAGCCGUAGAACUCAGUGACCUCCAGAAGGCGUGUUCAGGCUCCCUAGCCUCCAUCUUCUCCUCCCUGGCUCUCUGUCCCACAGAGCUGGUCAAGUGUCGUCUGCAGGCCAUGCAUGAGAUGGAGGCCUCCGGUAAGAUACCCGCAGGGCAGAAGAGUUCGGUGUGGUCCGUGGUUCGGACUGUGUUGAGGAAGGACGGUCCUCUUGGGUUCUACCAGGGUUUGACUACAACCAUCGUCAGGGAGGUGCCCGGGUAUUUCUGCUUCUUCGGAGCCUACGAGCUCUGUCGCACGACAUUUGCUCAGCAUCUGAACACCGGAAAGGAUGGCAUAGGCGUUGUCCCUCUAAUGUUCAGUGGUGGGUUUGGGGGAGCGUGCCUGUGGCUGGUGGUCUAUCCCAUAGACUGUGUGAAGUCCAGGAUCCAGGUCCACUCGCUAGCAGGCAGACAGCAAGGCUUCAUCAAGACCUUGAUGGGGAUCAUACGCACUGAAGGAGUGGCUCCUCUCUACUCAGGCCUCACCCCCACCAUGAUCAGAACCUUCCCUGCCAACGGAGCUCUCUUCUUGGCCUAUGAGCUCAGCCGUAAGGCGAUGAUGCAGAGGUUUGGAGACGUCUGAUUGGCUGAUCCCUCUGUUUCCUCCACCAAUGCCUGCACUUUGAUUGGCAUCCCAAAAUGGAACCUUAUGUUUAAACAUUAUCUUUAAAGUCUGAAUGUCAUUUUUUUUGUGUAUAAAAUAUACCUUUUGUUGUUGUUGUUGUAGCUAUUGAAUAUGCUGAGCAGGUCACAGUUAUUUGAGAAUGUAGAGUCCUUGGUGUAAAAACUUCAAAUAAAGUCACACGCUCCAUGUUGAAUGGUUAAUCCUAACCUACCAUA